GCAUCAAUCGGUUACCUUCAGUUUUUCAGUGAUAUCUCUUCAUUGAUAUCCAGCUGAGGUUCUCUUAAUUUUUCCUAAGUGAUUCUCCAUUCGUUUCUAUUUUUAUUCGUUUGUACCGUACUCUGUAUUAUAAUAUAAUAGAAUAGAAUAUUUUUUGAUAUUUAUUACUAUUUAACUAAAUAUAUCCAAGAUAUUGAAUACAAAAAGAUUGCAAAAAAGAUAUUAAGAUUACAAAUGUAAAUAAAAGAAUAAAUUAUGACAGCAAAUUAUUAUUUUGCCAUUGUUGGACAUGCUGAUAAUCCAUUAUUUGAAAUAGAAUUUAAUAGUUCUACUAAAGAUGCAAAGAAAGAAGAUCACACACAUUUGAGCCAAUUUAUAGCUCAUGCAGCACUUGAUCUUGUAGAUGAACAUACAUGGAAAACAACAAAUAUGCAUUUUAAAGUUGUAGAUAAAUUUAACCAAUGGUUUGUAAGCGCAUUUGUAACAGCGACUCAUAUACGAUUUGUUAUGGUACAUGACAGUAAAAAUGAAGAUGGAAUAAAAAAUUUCUUCAAUGAAAUGUAUGAGACGUACAUAAAGUAUUCUAUGAAUCCUUUUUAUAAACUAAAUACACCUAUUAAAUCUGUUGGUUUCGAGAAAAAGGCACAGUUAUAUGGCAAAAAAUAUUUAUCUUCAUAAUGAUUUUUUAUUAUUAUGAUAACAAUAGUUCAUUUUUUAUAUUUUCAAUUUAUAUUAUUUAAAUACAAUAUAUAUCCUCUUA